UGUCUGGCUUCUCGGGCGGGUUUCACUAUCUUUGCUGCUGUUGCUGCUGCUGCCGCCGCCGCCGUCGCCCGAGGCUUGUAACGGGCAACGGAUGGGCCGCUUGGGCUGCAUUGGAAAUCAUGAUGCCCGGGGAGACCCCGCCGGCGGCCAACACAGCGGCGAUCGCGGUGGAGGCGGCCACGGCCUGCGCCAACUGCGGGGCCCUUCAGCAGAAUUUGAAUGAAUAUGUCGCUGCCUUAAUUGCAUUAAAACAAAAAAUAAUGGAUGCUGACCACCUACUGGCAGAGUACCAAAAAAAGUGCAGUGAGCUUCAGUUUGCUGAAAGAGAGAACAGCACACUUCAUCACCAAGUGAAACAAAUGUUCCAGAAAAUAUCACCUCUGAAAAAGUGUCAAGAAGAGCUGGGAUCUGUAAAAGCAGAGCUGGAAGAGAAAAAGAGUUCACUUAAGAUAUACCAAGAGACUCAUCUGGAAUAUGUUCGAGUGAAAGAAGAAAUGGAUAAAAGUGACAGUGUGAAGAAGAAAUUAGAAACUAAAGUGAAAAAGCUUGAAGAAGCUGCAGCAAAGCACACUCAGGAAUUUAAGCAACUGAAAGCAGAGAAGAAAGUUCUUGAGAAGGAAUUGAAGAAAGCAAAGGAAAAGAUCGAUGGCUUCCCCAACACAAAGCAAAAGAAAGUGUUGAAAAAUGCAGAAACUCAGAGUGAAAGUGAAAAUUUGGUAGCCAACUUGGACAAAGAAAAAAUUAAGUUGCUGUUGGAAGAACUCUGGCAAUGUAUAGAAAGCUCAACAGGAAAAAAGCAAAUCAACAAAUGUGAGCACAUGUUAGAAACACAUAGAAAGACAAAAAAAGUGCAGAAUCCUGAAAAAGUGAAGAAAUCUGAAGGAGCAUGGAUUUCUAGUUGUUCAUCAGAGCCCUCUACAAUGCAAACUUCUCCAACAUCAUUGAAGAUAAAGUUGGACAAAAAACCUGCUGGAAAUAGUCGUCUGAUAGAAAACACAUUUAUGGAAACUACUAAAGCUAACAACAACAGUGGUGCUUCUGAUGAAGGCAGAUGUCUAGACGUUUUCGCUGAGGCAGAUUUUGCAACAAAUAACAUGGAUCUUCUCAACAAGGAGCAGGAAGAGUUUGGUGAAAGUCUGCGAGAUGUUCUGAAAUGGAUUAGACCUCUUCCUCCUCUACUGUCUCCCAUACAGUUUUCACCUGCUGCUACUCCAGAUACUUUAUUUGGAGACAUCACAGACUCCAGUGAUGAUGAAAUGGAGCAGAAUGCACAAACACUUGAAAAUAUUAUAGAAGAAUGUGAUGAAGACAAACCAGCAUCUAAAACACUGCAUUUGACAGAAUUUUGCUCACAGAUUUUAAAUAAUAGCAGUAUAAACACUGAUCCUCAGGAGCCACGUGAAAGAUCAAACAAAUUAGAAAAUGAAGAGUCAGUGCUAUUAUCUGACUUUAUGUUCACAACAUCAGAAUACCUUAAUGAGAGCAAUACUAAAUCAAAGGAUGAAGAAAAGCACUUAAAAGAAAAUUCUGACUUUGUACAAAUACACACAGUAUCUGAAGUAGUAUCUCCUAGUACAGAGAUACUCAGUGAAAAAAUGAUUAACAUGAUAGAAACAAAAGAUCAAAUCUUCACUGAGCAUGUACUGGAAGAGACUAAUGACUUCAUUCAAAAGGAGGAAAAUAAAAAGUUACUUGAAACAAAAGAAGAUGAUUGGAGUCAAGCACCCAAAUGCAGUGAGCAACACCAAACCAAAGAACCCAUUUUAACUGCUGAAGACACACUAGUGGCUUCUAAAAAUUUGAAGGAUCUGUCUAGUUAUAAAGAAGGAAGAGUGAUAGAAAGUAUUUCUGAGGACCUCCAGAUAGAACCUUACUCAGGAAAAGCAAGACUUCUUUGUGAAAACCACAUUGAACAUAUAACAGUAAAUGAACAAAAUACAGCAACUGAAGGAAAUAGUGAACCAUUAAUAGAGGAAACAAAGAAUGUCAGUAACUGUAAAUUCCUUCCUGAAACAAAUCAUCUUUGUGAGGAAGUCCGGCAACGAGGUGCCAGUAUAACACUUACAGAAUGUAUUGAAAAGAAUGUUAAUUCUUUGGAAGCAUCCAAUAAACAUCAUUCUGUAGAAGAGAUAUGCAACAAACAAAAUGGAAAUGAGAUAAAUGGAAAGAAUGAACUAUCUGAUGUUUUGAGAUUAAAUUCAGAUAUUGCAACAUUAACUGCUGGUUUGAAACAAUCGUCAUAUCAUGGUAGUGAAAUAAUCGAAGCCAUGAAUGAUAGGCCCACAAAAAAUGUGGCUGAUGGAACUACUGAGGAAAUGAAGUUAGAAAACAUACAAAAGGAAGAAUACCUACAAUUAGAACAGUUACUUGAUGAAAAAAAAUCUAUUAAAUCACCACAAGAGGAGUCAGCUUGCAAAAGAAAUGCCAACAAGUUACCAACCCAAACAUCUAUUGCUGAAGACUCUUUGUUGAAGUCUGAGAGUCUUAUUGAAGCAAGUCAUGUGUCCCUUGAAUUGAAGAAUGUCACUGAAAAUUCUCCACAACUGGGGCAGGUUGAAAAUGCAGACAUUAAACCUAAGAACAUGUCCAAAGUAGAAAUAACUGGGAAUAGUUUAAAUAGUUAUAUGGAAGACUUACAUCCAGUAAGAAAAAGGCUUAUGGAGAUAAAUUGUGAAUCAAGGAAACUCACUGAAGUGGGUACUGUACAAUCUCUUACAGCAGGAUUAAGUGAAAAAACAUGUAUUAAAACUAUAUAUAACAUAGAUUCACCUAGUUUGAUGCAUGGACCUUCACAAAUUGAAAAAAAUAGCACAAUGAUCAUAAAUGAGCUAUCUGAUACAAAAAAGUAUGCCAUGGAAGAGAAAGGGAUGCAUUAUGAUUUCUCUGCAUCAAAUGAAGUAGCUUCAGUGCAAAACAUGAACAAAGAUACAGUUCAUCCUAAACAAAAUAUGUCACAGGGAGAAAAUGGAGAAAUUGAAUCAGGUUUGUCUGUUAUUGUGACAGGUGGUUCUGAGGCAAAUAUGGAAUCCAUGGAUGUCACUACUUCCAAUUUUGAAGUCAAUUUUGAUUUUUUCAGCAGAAAUAGCCAAAACUUUGAAGCUGCAAACCCACCAUCUUCUAUUCCAAAAUGCAUUGCUUCUUCCUCUCCUGACAAAGAAAAGGUUGAUCAACAUGAUUCUGAAGAAAAUUGGAAGAAUAAAAAGUCAAAAAAUGUGGAAUCUGAGGGAGAUAAACUGUUAAAUCUGAGAGAGAUAAACUGGGAUUGUCACAAUUGUUGUAAUAAGAAAGAUGAAAUGGACUUUGAACAAGACAAAAAUGUUGGCACCUUCAGCAAGCCCCAGGCAUCAGUUACUACUAGAAGAUGCAGUACAGAAAACUCUGAAAUCCUAUCUUCUGAGGCAUUUUGUCCAAACAAUAUUAACAGCAUAGAUACUUGUGUAGAAAACAAAUUGCUGUUGAGUCAUGAGGAGCUUCUUAUUCCCGGGGAUAAGAAUUUAGGCAUGAUGUCAAGAAAUGAUACUGUAGAAUAUAUUGAUGAAAAAACAGCUGAGAAAGCAGAUACUAUAUUGAGCACUGAAAUAAGGUCUAGAGGAAUAGAUGAAAUAAGUAUGCUAGAAAAUGCUGUUGCAGUUAUGGAUUCAUCUGUCUCAGAUUCAUCUGAAGAAUUUUAUCCACUAAGAAAGGUGAAUUGCACAAAAACACAUCCAGGAUGUGAAGUGUCCAGAGAUACAUCUUGUUCUAUCAAAAACAGUGAAGCUAGUCUUCUACCCAGUACAACCUUUUCAGAAGGUGCUAGACAUGAGAUGUCCCCUGUGGUCACAGGAGAGGAAUGCUCAAAAGAUAGAAAAGCUGAAGUAGGUGACAGUGGCUCCUAUGUGAGUAAAGUGAUUGAAAAGACAUGGGAACAUUCAUAUGCAGCAGCAUGGUCCUGCACUGAUAAAAAUACAACCUUAAAAAUAGAAGCCUCCUCAGCAAUAGAAAAGUUAGAGGAGAUGCAAACAGAAAAAAAAGUUUCAACAAUUACUUUAUUGCCAAGUCAGGACUUAUAUAACAAGAACACUGGGAAGUCAUCUGUAAGUGAUCCAGAUGUUAAUGAUGAUUCAGUUGCACUGCAUACAAAUUACCCUAGUGAUAGGCAAGUCCACUCUGAUUUACUAGUAGAAAAUUUGAAUGUGGAACAAAAAAAGAGCAUUUCCACUUCAGAAUCUAGCUCAGGUCUGGAGCAAAGUUGUAUCACAGUUUGUCACAUUGAUGAUAGUACUGAUACAUCCCAUAACAAAAGACAUGAUGUAAAUAAUGAUGAACAAAGUAUUGCAUCUAAAACCAUCUGGACAUCCAUAUCACCUAUCUCUGAGUCUUCCAAUUCUAAUGAUAAUCAACAAAAAGUGCUACCAGAACAAUUGGAACCACUAGUUGCUUUUGCAAAGAAUAGAGCAGAGCAGACAUUCAACUCUGUUACAAUUAAAGCACAGGCAGAGGUUAAUGAUGGUGAUGACAGCCCUCUCCAGAGCAUAUCUGUCUGUAAGAGGAAAAGGAAAAAUCAGCCUGUGCAACUAGCUGAAACCAUUCUAGCCAAUGCAGAUACUUCUACACCAGCUAAAUAUUAUCCAAAAACUUUAACAAAAAUUAUGCAAGAAAUGGGUCAGCCAUUACCUCCCUUGCUUCCACCUUUGAUAGCUACCCCUCCAAGAACUGUUCAGCCCAUUUCCCCUGUAGCAUCAAUUUCAAGCCAAUCUUCCUUACCAUCUCCACUUGAUGAAUUGAUUUCUCCUUUACAUAAAACCCCAGUUCCUCCUCUAGCAUCAACACUGUCAGAGACCCCAAAAUGCAAGUCUUCAUCAUCAUCAUCAUCAUCAUCAUCUACAUUUACCACUUUAUCACCCACUGAAAUGUCAGUCGGUCAGAGAAUUUUGUCUUCUCCUCUUCAGUUUUGUUCCACCACUCCCAAACAUGCCCUUCCUGUUCCAGGUAGACUUCCUUCAUCUACAGCUUGUAAUUCCAUUCCAUCUGUACCUCAGGAAAACUCAGUGAAAAUUUUGGACAGUAUGUAUCCAGAGUUAUCUGCUCGGGCAAGAACUCUCAAUAUCCUGAAAGGUAACAUUCAAUUUAGUAGGUCAUGUUCUCUAGAUGGGAAGGGUAUCCAUCAAAUCAGUGGCUUUAAAGCAAUUGCUUCCACAUCAACUGCUUUUGUGAAAACAGGGAUCAGAUUUAAAUCUGAUCCAGAGAAGCUGCUCUCCAGUGUGAAUGAGACUGGGAAGAGGAAGUUGCCAUCUGUGACAAUGCCAAAAAGUGUCAAAAGACCACGUCUAGAUAGCAAGUCAUCUACCCCGAACCUCUGCAAGGAAGAGCUGUCAGAUGGUGACAUACGGGGCACUCCUGAUGGUGACUGUCUGGACAGUGGGGAUGCUACUAAGUCAACAGGUGACUGUAAUUCAGAAUUGCUUUUGGAAAUGGAGAAAACAGAGGAUCCUGAUAGGUGGGCUGUGACUGUAGCAUUGGAAAAAAUUUCUGAAGCUUGUUUUGACCUGUUGCCUGUUAUUCGUAGCCGUGUCCUUGUUGGUAAUACAUCAAAGGUUCCAAUAAUGAGAGAUGAAGAGAAAGAAGUUGUUUAUGAACUUGGUGUUGAAAAGAAGUUCUUGGCUGAGCCAGCUUUACAGGCUAUUUUAAAUAAGCUGAAAAAACAGAAGAUGUCCUUGGGCCACAAUUAUAUUCAGUCCCUCUGCAGGGUCUAUGUUGGAAUAUGCCGUCAGCUUGGAGACUUAGAAAAAGCACGCCUGUUUUGCUACACUCUGCUUAAAGAAGAUUUCCCAAGAUCUGACCAAUUGAUAUUGUUUAUUACAAACAUAUGGAGUGAAGUAUUCUCCUCUGAAAGUGUGAUCAACAAAGCAAUCCAGUUAGUAGCUAGACAGCGUGCAAAAGGAGAGGUGUUGAAGUGCCUGAAAACCUACCUCAGUUGGGAAGAGAGUGCACCAGUAGAUAUUAGCAUGAUGAUCUCCAGCCUGCUUUGUGCAAUACAGUUGUGUCCACAAAUGGAAUUUCAGCUGAGUGAAAAAUAUGGAGAAGACUUGAAAGAGAAUACGUGGCAAUAUGUGUAUGCUAUUGACCUCUUAUGUUCAUAUCAAAAGUGGUGCUGGACCCACGAUCAUAUCAUAAGUAAAGAACUGUGGCCAAUCAUGGAUAAUUGGAUAAAGAACAGGAAUGGCAAUGGAAACAUUUCUUCCUCUUCUAAUAUAAUCAUAGCAACAGUGCUCAGACUUAUUGGUCGUCUAGGACAAAUAGGGCUGAGAGAAGGAUUUUUUCCAGCUGUGAAAAAUAUUAGUUCUGUUAUUGGACUCUUUCUCCAGCAUGCAAAAGAAAAAGAUGUGGCCUGGGGUGUCCAGUUAGCAGCAGCAUAUGCACUCUUUGACUUGGGACCUAGCAAUCCAUCAAGUAUCCUGGAGGCCAUCCAUGCCUGGAAAGCAGUAAUCACCAUCAGCCUUCCCUCUGCUGUUCUAAAUGGCAUAGCAGAAGUCACCAGUCUACUAACAUGUACAGGGACAACAGAAGAUUGUUCAUUAACAUAAGGUUUCCAAUAGAAAAUGGAGACUGCUCCUCUGAAAGAAAUGUCUUCAAAGCAAAAGAGGCAUACACCUCUCCCCUUUGAGGGACAGCAGAAAGCAUGAACUCUUGCAUAGAUGUCUUCAUAACAUCUUGUUCCAUAUAGCCUGAAAUAGGUUGUGUUGCAGAUGAGUAUGUCCUUAUAUACUGCAAGAGAAAAGGCUAACUGUCUUAUAUACUAGCUCUUUAAAUCAGAAAAAAAAAUAGAAGUGUUCUCUUAUAUAUGGUCUUCCAGAAUGGGAGUCAUAGGUUCUUUUUUAUGCCAAAUGUUCUCCAAAUUGCUUUCAUUGGAAAUUAGUUGAAAUCUUUUUUUUUUUUUUU